AAAGAAAAGAUGGAUGCAUCCAUGAAUUCAAAUUGUUUAUAUCGGCAUUUCUAAGAUUUGACGGUAAUUAAGUAUGGAGAUGCUUAAACAUUUGAAGGAAAAAUCUCAGAAAAGAAGGAAACUUUUAGCCCAACAGCUUGGAGCUGGAAGUACUGACAACCUCAGCUCAAUUUUAGGAAACCAAGAGGAUAGAAAUGCAAGUGAUGCUUCUAAAAAGUCUAAAUCAGACCCAUUAUUUUUCUCACUUAAUGAAAAUAAAAGUGAAGAAUUUACAGUUGAUAAGCAAUCUACUUCUUCAGAAGAUCCAGCAGAAGUAGUAGAUGAUAAAGUCAGGACUUAUACUGAUUCCAGUACCUUUUUGAAAGGAACACAAAGUGCUAAUCCACACAAUGACUACUGCCAACACUUUGUUGAUACCGGACAAAGACCUCAGAAUUUUAUUCGAGAUGUGGGUUUAGCUGACAGAUUUGAAGAGUACCCAAAACUAAAAGAGCUUAUAAGAUUGAAAGACGAAGUUAUUGCUGCUACAGCGACUCCUCCAAUGUACCUUAAAUGCGAUUUGGAAACUUUUGACUUUCGUGAAUUGAACUGCAAAUUUGAUGUAAUCCUAGUUGAAGCUCCUCUAGAAGAGUAUCAGAGAACUUAUGGAAUGACUAAUAUGAAAUUUUGGACUUGGGAAGAAAUAAUGAAGUUAGAAAUUGAAGAAGUGGCCGCUCCACGAUCUUUCAUCUUUCUAUGGUGUGGUUCUUCUGAUGGGCUAGAUUUAGGACGACAAUGUUUAAGGAAGUGGGGUUUUCGAAGAUGUGAAGACAUAUGUUGGAUUAAAACUAAUAUAACUAAUCCUGGUCACACAAAAAAUUUAGAACCCAGGGCUAUAUUUCAGAGAACAAAGGAACAUUGCCUGAUGGGCAUCAAAGGUACAGUGCGAAGAAGUACGGAUGGUGAUUUCAUCCACGCAAACAUAGACAUUGACUUAAUAAUUUCUGAAGAACCUGAAUAUGGAAGUAUUGCAAAACCUGAAGAGAUUUUCCACAUUAUUGAACAUUUCUGCCUUGGGAGACGACGUCUUCAUAUUUUUGGGAGAGACAACACUGUGCGUCCAGGAUGGCUAACUAUAGGACCAGGCCUAACCAAUAGCAACUUCAACAGAGAAGCAUAUGCCUCCUAUUUUAAUAAGGGAGUUGAUGAUUAUUUGACUGGGGCUUCAGAAAGGAUUGAGGCCCUUCGUCCAAAAUCACCUACACCUAAGUCCAAAGGAAGUGGAUCUGGUGCCUCUGGCCGUGGAGGGAAUACACGAGGUGGAGGUCGUUCACGCAUUGCUAACCGAGGGAGAGGUUCACAUCGAGGAAGACAGUAAAAAUUUUAAAUGUUUUUUUUCUAUGUGACUGCAAGCUACUGCCAUUCAUCUUUCUUAUUUAACCAGAAAGAUGUGCUUUAGCAGUUUUAUUUUAGUGGAAUUGUUUUUUUUAGAAACUUAAUAUGGAUUCCUAAUAAAAUUUAUCUUUUGUAAUAA